AAAUGGCCGAAAACUGAGACAAUUCCCGGGUUACUUCGAAUAAACCAUACAUUUGUCAUGUUCUGCAACACGUGAUUGUUGCAUAAAGUACUGAUAAUGAUGAAAACAGCCAUGGAGAGGAUAGGGAUCGUAGGCGCGGGAAUGACGGGCGCUACCCUUGCCUCCCUCCUGAGAACGGAGUGCGCUGAGAGCAAGUUGUUGAUCCUGGACAAGGGCAGGGGUGUCGGUGGGCGAAUGUCCACUAGCCGAAGCGUGAAAGCCAACAGUUUUACAGUGGAUUUGGGAGCUCAGUACAUAUCAAUCACAGAGGCGUACAAAGACAAGCACCACAGGUAAGCAGUGGACGACAACAACGAUAAAAAA